AUGGUUAUCGAGACGACUUCUUCCAGCGUGAGCCCUCGGCCGAGGCGAGCGAGCGAGCCAGUCCCGCCGACCUCCCUCCUGCCGUUCAAGCCGUUGAUGGCCGGCGAGAAACGGCAACAACGUGAGCCGGGAGCAAACGGAGGGCCGACUCUCGACCAGUGCCUUGUCCUCCCCUCUGGGGGAGCGCUGAAGAUCGAUGGGCUGCUCUCGACGUCUGGCGCGGAGAGAGAAUGUGGCGUCAGCAUCGGUAACGGUGACGGUGCUGGUGGCGCAGAUGCCGACAGGGGUGGUGGUGACGACGAUCGGGGAAACGGUUCGAGCAACAGCUUGGAAAAAGACGGAGCGGGGGUCGCUUGCCCACUUCCAGGAGCAGAGAGAGAGGAUGACAAUGGCGGAGAUCGGGCCAUUAUUUCGAGUUUUCAUUUCAACACCCCUGGCUCACAGGCUAUUGUCGAGGUCGAGGCAGGGGAAUGCUUGGAGGAGGAGGAGGAGCAGGCUGCAGCGAGUUGUGACAAAUCCGCCACGGUUGAGACCCCAGAUGCCCCGGAAACUAUACCAGGCGACUCAAAGGGACCACCCGUCGGCUCUCGCGCCCAAGAAGAAGUUCCACAAUGUAUUUCCGACAGAGGCUACGGCGGAAGUAAUGACGGUAGCAACGAUGCCAGUAACAACGGCAACGGUAGCAACUGCGAUGAGACCUACGAAAGUGACGCGGUCGAAGGAGACGAACCGGAAAGGCGCGAGCGGCCGGGUGGACAGCCCUCGUCUCCCGAAACAGGAGAUGUUUGCCGAUCCUCGAUGGUUUGCGACGAGGAGGAAACGACAGCUAUUGCUGCUGCUGCUACCAGCGGCAACGACGGCAGCCACAGCGCCAACAACGACGACAGCUGCGAAAGUCACCGCAGGGUCGAAGGAGACGAACCGCUGAGGCAAGCAUCGUCGGGUGGACAGCCCUCAUCUCCCGAAACAGCGGCAGUUCGUGCAUCCUCGGUAGUUGUUGACGAGGGGGAGCUGGCCGCCGCUACUGUCGCCAGUGGCAACGAUGCCAACAACGAUAGCACGAACAGCGACGGCAGUUACGACGGUCACCGGAGUGUAAAAAAUGACAAAGCGCAAACGCCAGAGCCACCGGGUGGACUACCCUCAUCUCCCGAAACAGAAGUUUGUGUAAGCUCGACGGUUGGUCACGAGGAGGAAUCGGCCGCCGCCCCCGCUGCUGACACUGCCCCUGCGGCCAUUGACGAUAUUCUCACUGUCUUCGUUGGUUCCGACAGGCGAGGCACAUUGGUGGACGCCGUUGCCGUCUCAGAGAGCCCAAGCGUGUGCGACGCCGCCGCCGGUAGCAGCACCAUCGUUGACCAGGGCGAUCAAGGCAGGACGGUGGAGAACAUGGACACGAAUAAUGCGUGCGUCUCUGGGAUGGCGCCUUGUGCGCGGGGCGAGAUCAGUGUUGAAACCAGCGGGAAGAUGAAAGCGGAGGCGGAAGGGGGCGGGGAUCCUCGGGAAACCUCCGGGGCAGGGGCAGGGGAAGAACCAAACCUCCCGGGUAUCAUUCAUAAACAGGAGAGGUUGCGCAGUCAAUACGAAACCACGCGAGCAACCGAUACCGCUCCUCGGUCGACUUCGGGGGAAGAGACCAAGCCUGAGGGCGGCACUGAGCCCGCCUUUCACCCGGUCGACGCAGCAGACGCGGAACGCGAGACAACCGCGGUUGGCGUCGGAUCAGGGGCUGAGGCAUCUCCGGAAGAAGCCCGCCAAGAAGAAGUGCCGUUUCCUCAACUGGUGGACAACCAGGGUUUCCACCGCGACGAUGGUUCGCCCGGGCGAGCGGCCGUCGGUAUUGACUCAGCUGGUAGGAGCUCGGUCAAGGCCGAAACGGGUGAGGCAUCUACUGUCUUGGCGACGGGGGAAAACUCUGCUGAUGGGGGAGUCAAUGCCGGGGCAAGCGGCAGGGAAGGUGUCGCGGCAGUGGAUGUAAACGAGAGGGGUUCGCACGCCCGGGAGGGGUGUAUUGUUACACCUAGUGGCACCUGUGGUGAAACUUCCGCGCAAGAGGGUGCGGGGGGUCAAGGGGGGGAUGAAGCCGCAGGCAAUGUGAGGGGGUCGGAGGUGGAGGUGGCCCUCGUAAAUGGAAACGACAAUGCUCUUCCGAACGCUAGAGGAGAAGACAAGGGUGAGAGUGGCCAAGAGGAUACGAGCGAAGCUCGUGCCGGCGCCGGCACCGGUAAUUGUGCUACAGUCGCUGUGGAGGCGAGGGAAGGAUUUACCGGUGGGCAGAUCAGCGACGAACAGGUCCUGGAGGCAGCAACAUCGGUGGUAUACGAAGGGGCCAGGGGCGUUGUGGAGAAGGCGAUGGCGGAUGAGGGCAUGGAACACGGCGUGGGGCUUGAAAGUGUUAUUAGUGCGGAAAAUCAUGAAAUUGAGACAGAGGAGAAGCAGGGGGGCGGGCAGAACGAAGAGGGCGACGUUGCGGAACAGGUGACGGUCGAUGACGAGCACCUCGCUGCGGGAAGUCGUAUGGAUGAUGUCAAGUCCGCAGUUUCCCCUGGCCUACCAAGCGACGAAGAGGGCGGUGUGGAAAUGGGUGAAGAGGAGGAGAAGGAGGAAGAAGAAGAGAAGGAGGACGAGAAGGAACGUAGUGACGAAGGAACCAGGGGCGAGGAGGUCGAGCACGGUAACAGCAUCGUUGACAACGAAACCCUUGUGGAGGAGACUCUGGCCGGUCUGUCCUCUUCUGCACCCGAUGGAGUGGCGAACAACUCCUCUGUUGAGCCCGCUGCUGAUAUCAGCGAUGGAUUCAUCUCCAGCUUCACUGAAGAUCGGCUGGACAACAACACGGCGACGAUUGACGUGGCGCCCGCGGAAGCAGACGGCGCCACCCCUCCCGUGGAUUGGGAUAUCUUGGCGAAGAAUCAGGCGGAAGAGGUCGAGGUGCCUCUGGACUGGGAAGCUUUGGCGCGGGAAGUCGAAGCUGAGUGGGUGUUGGAGGGCAGCGGAGACGAGAGCGAGCUUUCGUUUACGGCAAACUCGCCACCGGUCAACGCCCCGGCCUCCCCAGCCAAGGCCGCUGAAGCGUCUGUUCAAUACUCCGGGGAUGAACUUGCGCUUGCAACGGCGGAGGAACGACCGCCGAGUCUCGCCUCUGUCGGUCUUGUGGACUCAGCGUCGGCGCACGGCAGUAGUGAACCUGAGUGGCAGCAGGAGGUGGAGGUGGAGGGAGAGCCGGAGAGGCGGGCGGGCGGAGAUGAGGGUGAGCCGCCAGAAUCCGCGCCACCGACGGCUACUCCGCCCCAUCCCCGGCGAAGUUACGAUGAUGGCGGCUCCGGUGGCAGCAGCGGCGUGGCAGUGACGCCCCCCUCUGACGCGAAUUUCCGGCAAGACACAAAGGAGGCAAAAGACGACUCCGACUGCGGCUCUUCGCUAUCACUCACGGAUGGACCGGUCAGCAGCAUCGCCGGGCUGCCGGUCACGGAGGCCACAACUUCGACCCCGGCCCUUGCUGGGCAACCCUUUGUCCAGGACAGCGAGGGCGUUACACCUACCCAUGCUAUCAGUGCCGCGCAGACCUCCGUUUCCGCUUCCCCGGCCCGAUCCCAACAGGCGCAACGAGCGACUUUGACCGCUCCUGAGGAGGACGCCGGCGCUUGCCCUCCCGCGAAAGGGGACCCGCCCGCUUCCCCGAGCAAUGCUCCCGGCCAGCCCCAGUCUGAGGCCGCCGCGGAAACCGGCGGCGACGGCAACGGUGUCCCAGUCUGUGAGAACAGCGGCCACCAAGACGCACAGGCCGCCGACCCUGUAGUACGUGUACCCCCUGUCGGUGACGGCCGCGACGGGGGAGCGGGACCGCCGGAGGCCACAGCACGGAACGGGUCUGGUGACGUCGGGAUUACAUGUGCGCAGGGCUCGUGCGGGUGCGUACUGAUGUGAGGGCGCGCGUACGUCGGGAUGACGACAGAGGGUAGAUGUGGUGGGUGUAGGCGGUGUCGCAUCGUGCGAUAUGGGGUUUCAGCACUUGGACAAAAAGGCUGCCGAUUUGUUGCUGAAAUGAGCAACCUUGAGUAAGAAACGACAGCAAACACCACAACGUGGGUGUACGUGCGGAGGUUUGGUGGUGUGGGUGUGGGUGUGCGUGUUGUUCGCAUGUAACUUUCGUAGUCCGUCUUCGGUAUUUGUCCGAGUCCUUGUGAUUUUUUUUCAGUGGCUGGUUGCUUCACCGGUAAAAGCGUCUAUAUCUGUGCUCCAGGCGCAAGCGUUCAGUAUUGUAUCAUGUUUGUGGGACGCUUACAGAUGAUUCAUGGUGGAUGCCAAAUAUUGGAUUACGCCGCUGCUUUGCUAAAUAGUAGUCGUGUUGACUGUUUUCGGUAGUAGGUGCUCAUGGCGUGCUUUGUGCAGUCAAGUUUUCGUCGUCUAGAGCGUCUUCCCGGGGACUGUAUAAACGUUUGGUGCUGCUCUUGUCGGUAUUUUCCUGUCGCGUGCUCUGGCUGCGCGGCGUCUGCAUAUAUGUAUGGCGGGGUUGCUCGUGUUUUGCUGCUCCCAGUUUGCUCCUAUUAUUAUUCGUGUGGUGUUUGACUUUGUGGGCGGGCUGUUGCU